AUGGCUGCCCCAGUUCAAAAAAAUGCCCAAAACAACGGCCCCAUCGACCACAACGACCUCAAUGAGUGGAAGGGUCGUUUCAACGAUGUCCUUGCUCGUCCCAGCGAACAUGUCAACUCCAAGUCUCCCGAGACAUCUCAACCUUGGCAAAACAGCUUCUUUGGCUGUUUCAGCCCUAUCAGUCUCUGUGCCAUCACAUGCUGUGUUCCCUGCGUGACCUUUGGCAAGACACAUCAUCGUCUUCAAAAGAACAGCAACCUCCAAGGUUACGAGCCAGUAAACACUUCUUGUCUUAUGUUCUGGGCUUCCACCUGCGUUGGUCUACACUGGAUCCCUCUGGCCCUUCAACGCGCCAACCUUCGUGAGAAGCACAACCUUCAAGGCAGUUGUCUUGUUGAUCUUGCUACUGCGUGUUGCUGUGGAUGCUGUGACUUGAUUCAGCAAGAUAAGGAAGCUGAGUAUCGUGAGGCUCAGAGCGUUGCUACCGGAGAAGGAUACAAGGCUAAUGAGGGCCAGAGCUGCGAUAUCUACACUUUCGUAGAUGAAACAAUCGUUCCUUCAACACCGCCAAAAGCUCACCCAUAUCUACUUGUCAACAUUGGUUCAGGAGUAUCCUUCUUUCAGGUUACAGAAAACAACCAGUGCCAACGUAUCUCGGGCUCUUCAUUUGGUGGUUCAGCACUAUGCGGUCUGCUUCUCUUGCUCACCAGAGCGCGUACCUAUGAAGACAUGCUUGAGCAAGCAGAAAAGGGCAACAACGCCAACGUCGAUAAACUGAUCGGAGACAUUUACGGAAUGGACUACAACAGAAUCGGCAUGAAGAUGACGGCUGUUGCAUCGACUUUCUGCAAGGCCUUCAGUCUGGAGCAUAGACCUGAGGCUGAGGUGGAGGCUCAGAGCGUUGAAAACACGGCAGAUAUUAAAUCAUUUUCUGAUGCUGAUAUUUGUCAUUCUUUGGUUUUUGCUGUUUUCAAUAAUAUUGGCCAACUUGCCACGCUACAUAGCCGUAUCCAUGGUAAUCCGGAUAUUUACUUUACUGGACCUUAUGUCCAAAACUGUCAACUACUGAUCAAGACGCUCUGCAUCGCAGUACGUUACUACUCUCAGGGCGAAAAGAAGGCACAUGUUGUGGUGAAUCAAGGACAAGCUGGAGAUUUGAGUGUAUAA